CGACGCGGGAAGUCCGGACGCGGUAGCUGCCUGAAGAGGAGGCCUGAGGUAGAGGCUCGGGCCCUGGCAGCGACAAUGGCAGAGAGACCCGAGGACCUAAACCUGCCCAACGCCGUCAUUACCAGGAUCAUCAAGGAGGCGCUUCCAGAUGGUGUCAACAUCUCCAAGGAGGCCCGAAGCGCCAUCUCCCGCGCCGCCAGCGUCUUCGUGCUGUACGCCACGUCCUGUGCCAACAACUUCGCGAUGAAAGGAAAGCGCAAGACACUGAAUGCCAGUGACGUGCUCUCAGCCAUGGAAGAGAUGGAGUUCCAGCGGUUCAUUACCCCGUUAAAAGAAGCUCUGGAAGCAUAUAGGCGGGAACAGAAAGGCAAGAAGGAAGCUUCAGAGCAAAAAAAGAAGGACAAAGACAGAAAAACAGAUUCGGAAGAGCAAGAGAAGAGCAGGGAUGAGGAUAAUGACGAAGACGAGGAAAGGCUGGAAGAGGAAGAACAGAAUGAAGAGGAGGAAGUGGACAACUGAAUAUGGUGGGGAGACUGGCACCUUAGAAGGUAUUACUCUGAAACGUGGUACAUGUUUAUGUGAAGCUCUUUCCUGCUGGUCAGAGUAGUCUUAGGCAGAAGUGCCUGAGAGGAUCAAAAUAAAAACUGACUAGAAUUAUCACCAAAACCAGCGCUUCCCAGACUCAGAGCAUCUGAGUAGCAGAAUCCUGUUUUGCUUAAUCAGUCUGAAGGUUAUGACUGUUUGGAACGAGAGAUUCAGAAUGGCUAAUUAAAUUAGUCAAAGUGAUCUCUUCUGUUUACUUAUAUGUAUGGUUUUUGAUCCCCAUUUCCCCUGCCCCCCAAAGGUAAUAAUAACUCUCGUGCUGCCUGCUGUGUCCCAGAUCACAGAGGCAGUCAAGGCUCAGGAAAAAUGGGGGCUUUGAUCAUGGUCAAUCUAUGUUUGAUCGUACAGUACUUGGCAAUAGUAGCUUAUGGAGAGUGGUCAGAAUGGUUUAGUUUCAGGAAACUACUAAAAAGCUGUGGGAGAAUAAUGAAAUCUGUUGUGUGUUGUCUCUUCAAUUAGUGACAGUAGCCUUAAUUGAAUUUUGUUUUCUAUAGACCCCCUUAGUCUGGAGCCCUUCUGUAUUGUCCAUAGACAUUCAACCUGCUGGCAUGGCUGCACUGUGGGUACUUAUGCUCUUAAAUGAGCAGUAGAUUGGAAUUAGUCAAGCAAGGGUGCCAGUGUCUUACUUUUACAAAACAAAUGGCUUAGUCUUAGAUGUACCUUUCUGCCUGCCACUGUACAGCUCUAGGAUUUAUUGUCACCUACUGGAAGGUGUAAAAUCCCAGGCUUUCUCUACUUGUAAUCGAUCUCCCAAACUUGUGACUAUGGUUUUUUUCAUUCUUCAAUUCAUGAUGUGUUCCAAACUUUAUUUCCUCUAGGAACAACUUUCUCCUCCCUCUGUGCUUCUCCCUUCUUGUCUCUCUUCUGCCUCUCCUCUGCUUCCCAUUCCCACUUUUUCUCUCCCUUCUUUUCUCACUUCUUCUGCCAAUCUAGGAACUUUGAUGACCUGCUUAAUAUCCCAAAGCAUGGGUUCUUCAGUUCCUUAGUUCUGAUCUCAUCUCUUUUAAAAAUGAUUUUGUGAAACCCCCUUGAACCUUAAGGGAAAUCUGAUGGUGCUCAGGAAUAUAAUUCCCUCCCAAACCAUCCCAUUAACUGCUUCUAAAGUAUCUCUGUUGGCCGUCUUAGCCUUUUUCUCUUUCCAUUCAGUGCUCCAAGCACUUUUUUGCCUCUAAGUUGAGUGCUUGGGGUUUGACAGGUAGUGAAGUGUAGUUUGACACUGUUAACUUGUUAAAUGAGUACAGUGAAAAGUUUGUUGAUAAAUGACUGAAGAAUUUUGAGAGGAUUAUAAUGGUUUGUACAAAUAAAGAACAUUCUUGUUAAAA